AUGAAGUCGGGCGGAGGUGCCGGGCUGCCGCUGAAGCUCCCCCCGCCAGAGCUGCCGGACUGCGCCAGAGCAAGUAGUUUAAAAAUAGAUGCAAAUGACGGUAUCCGAGUGAAACGCAACUUGACUAAACUCUGCUGUGUGGUUUCACUCGCUCUAAAAGCUGCAUCCAGCAUUGACGUGCCGCUGAGGGGCUCGGCCGUUCAGUCUUCCACCUUCUUGAGCAGGAGCGCUGAAUGGGCCAUCGAUGAGAGCUGCAGCCCUCUUGGGGAGCACAGCUGCACUCACACCUAUCAGACGGACAAUCCGUGGUGGAGGCUCCAGCUGGACGGUGUGCACAAGGUGUCGGUGAUCGAGAUCACUAAUCGGAACGAAUAUCGGAAGAGGCUCGACGGCGUGGAAAUACACAUUGGCAAUUCACUGGCGAACAACGGCAACGACAACCCGAGGUGUGCCAUCAUCCACGAUGUCCCCGACGGCUUGACUCAGACUGUCCAUUGCUGGGGAAUGGAAGGAAUGUAUGUCAACUUCUACAAGCCCUUCAACUACACAUACUUGACGUUGUGUGAGGUCAAAGUGUACGGAGGUAGGAACCCAUUCUAUCAAUCCAUGGCAUCAUUGGUGUGGGGAUGGGUGUAUAAGUGCACCUGUGGGUUAGGGUAACACGGUUUCCGGUUAUACCCGUGCGGUGUGCGAACUCAUCCCUGUUUAAUAUUAGGCAA